CAAAAUAAUAUAUUUAUAAAAAAAAAAUCACCAUCACAAUCGAAAAGCCGAAAUUAAAAAACACACUCCCUUGUCAUUUCUUGCUCAUUACAAAUUUUCUACUCUGAAAAAUCUGCAACGAAAAAAAAAAACCAAUUGUGUUUUGAAAUCAGUCUUAAACAGCAAGCAAAGCAGAUUUGAAGAAUCCAUAGAUAUAUAGUUUGCUUCAAGACGAUAGAGAUUAGGAAGGAAGAAAAAUUAGCAUGGCGAGCCCGAAAUCCAGAUGCGGGGAGGGCGUGCCCUGCGAUUUCUGCACUGAUCAGCCGGCGGUUCUCUACUGUAAGGCCGACUCCGCCAAGCUCUGCUUAUUCUGCGAUCAGCACGUGCACUCCGCGAACUUGCUCUCCCGGAAGCACGUGCGCUCUCAGAUCUGUGAUAAUUGCGCGUCCGAGCCCGUCUCCGUCCGCUGCUCCACCGACAACCUCGUUCUCUGUCAGGAGUGCGAUUGGGACGCCCACGGUAGCUGCUCUGUCUCCGCCGCACACGAUCGCAUCCCUCUCCAGGGCUUCUCCGGCUGCCCCUCCGCGCUCCAGCUCGCCUCCCUGCUGGGCCUCGAUCUCCACGACAAGAACCUUCCAGGUCGACCUGACCCGCAGCUCCAGAACUGGGAUAUGGGUAUGCCCUCCCUGGAUUCUUCUUGGAGUGGGAUGGGCCUGCAGGACUUGAUGGUGCCCAACCAUAACCAGAACGUCGUCGUUUACCCGAAGGAUGAGCUGAUGGUGAAGAGAGAGAGUGGCGGGGGCAUUAGCUGGAAGCAGAAGCAGGGGAUACAGAAGCAGCUGGUGGAGUUGCUUAAGAGGGACUUGGACGGUGGCGGUGGCGGUGGCGGUGGUUGUGGUGAUGGUGGAGAGAAUUUGGUGGUGCCGAGGACGCCGACAAGGAGUGGUUGGCAGGAGGACAAUGGAAAUGGGAACGUGGAAGGUCUUGAACCGCUUGAUCUGGGGAAUAGGAAUGGAGGUGUUGAUGGGGUUGUAGCUUCUGCUGCCACUUCGCAGCCAUUGUUGCAGCCACAAGCGCCCUUUACGUCUCUGCUUAUGAUGCCCGAAGAGAACCGUGGCAUUGUCGACGGUGACAUGUUGUGGAAUGGCAACCCCCAUGGUCAGAGCAGUCAGAUAUGGGAUUUCCAUUUAGGACGGUCGAGGGAUCAAGAAGAAUCAGGUCCAUUGGAAGUCACAUAUGGUUCAAACGAUUCAGGAUUUAUGAUUAAGAAUUUUGGUGAACUUAUGAAAGAAACAUCUUUGACAGAAACAAAAAUGUUCAGGGAUAUGUACCAGAUGAACUGCCCUGUUGGACAUGAUGAUAUAAAAUUCAAUAACAACUCCAAUAACCCCGCAUCCAGUCAGGGGCCAGCAACAUCUGAGAGCAAAAACAUCCCUGUUGGGCGGCCGUCAUUGGGGUCAGCUUUUGGUGAAGACAAAGGCUCUGGUGCUUCUACAGAUCUCAAUUUUAUGGAACAAUCUUUUCUGAUGAGAGGUGACAGUCUGAGAACGGUAGGGACAAAGGCUGACAUGGAGCUACUUGCACAGAACAGGGGCAACGCUAUGCUGCGUUACAAAGAGAAGAAGAAAACCCGAAGAUAUGAUAAACACAUAAGAUAUGAGUCAAGAAAAGCAAGAGCUGAUACUAGGAAGCGAAUCAAGGGUCGAUUUGUGAAGGCUACUGAGGCUCCUGAUGGUUAGAUCAGAUCCAUGUUGAGUUGGGGCUUCUCCUAUCUUUUUGUUUGUAAAUAUUGGUUACUUUCCUUGCAAGGCAAAUGUAUAAAUUCUGCAGUCUUUAUUUCAUCAAAUCAAAUAUUAUUUCUUUCUUCUGUUUC